CACGUGUAUCCCGCCGCGGUCUAUGUAUAUGUGCAUGCUUGCAGUACUCCUAAAAGUGUCUACUUAAGCUUAUGGCUGGGGAGUCUAUGAUAGUCAAGUCUUGGACUUUCUGUUGCUCACGACAAUCAAAGAAACUAUUUGUUGCAGACUUAAUGAUGUCUAUGGAUGUCAGAUGUCAGCCUAGUACUACUCGGCGGCUGACUUGCGGAACCAACAUGGGUGAGGCUGACUGACCAUUCACUAGUACAUAAGUACCCUACCGCUCCUCUUGUCCUGAACUCCCGGAGCGACGAUACCCAUGACUGCCACUGAAGACGCGUUCGAGCUGCUUGGUAGAGUUGCUGAUGCUUUCGACAAUCCUUCCUCCCGCGAGUCACGCAAAGACUUCCGCGUGAAUACCAUCAAGAUACAUCGGCCCCAGACGAGCCAUUCCAGCCAAGAAAGUCAAGUCCAACACGCCAGCUAUGCCCGUCGCGAGCCCUCUUUCUUCGACGUAAGCUACAUCUAUGACGAUGACGAACUCGCCGAUAUAUCGACUAUCGGAAACCGUUCGUGCGCAUCGUCCGAGACAAUCAAGAGCACCACUAGAGUCACCUCGUACGACGAUGCGUUCUAUACCUGCGAUGAUACAGUUGCCAUGGAUGAAUUAUCGACUGACGAAAUGACAAAGAUGCUUUUUUUCAACAGCAGUCCGCUUGACAGACUCAACAAUCUUGCUCGUGCUGAACUCAAGAAGACUGGCUGGUUCGAACGACCUGACCAGUGGUCUAUCGUCAACAUGGGCCUCUCAAAUCCAACAACACCCACGCGUGGACCCGCUUCUCCUCCCAAAACUCCUCCAGACAUCUUGUCCCCAAUCCUCCCCGCUACACCCGCUAUCACUGCCCUUCCACCUCCAUCCUUCACCCAAAUCCUGCCAUCCCCAUACUCAUCCGCGAAGAAACAUUCUCCCGCCUCCUUCAAAGCCAGCACCCCAAAUGGCAAAUACAGCUCGAGCUCGCACGACAGUUUUCCUGACUUCAGCGCGCUCUCAUACGCACCGCAUGGCGAACCAGAGCCGCCGAAACGUUUUGGUGUGAGUGGUCGCGUGAAGGAGCCUCAUGAAGCGCGUCCUGCACGUUAACGUGGGCGUGCAUCCGGGCGGGAGAUCGAGACAGUCUUUGCUUGUGGGAGUGGGAUUGCGACCUGGUUCUAGGUCUUCGGGUACGUGGGCGUUUACUAGUAUUGGAUCUACGCACACACAGGCGGGGAACCGAUGGAGCGGGCUUUGGCAUUGAUACUCGACCUUGAUUUACUCAUAAUUUGCUUGUCACUGGAUUACUGUAUCCAAAUGCGCAGUUUGGGUGACAAAGCCACUCUAACAGGAGAAGUCACUGAAUGACACGCUUUAGCCACAGUGGCCGAACUACUAGGUGACGGUGGAGAUGGAUUCUUUCUCAUCUGUGCGAUAGAUGAGUAUGCGUAUAUUGUUGCCUGACCGUCUUGUAGC